UAUUGUCUUCUUGAGCUGAUAUUGCGAUAAUGCACUUGGACUGCGCCCCGGUAGUUUUAUUUUAAUUUUAAUACAGUACAUUGUACUAUAGAAUCAUUUAUGCAGUUACACAAUGUUUAUGGAAAAAAUGACUUCAGGGUAAUGGUCCAUAAUAAGCCCAGUGAAUUCUCCCAUAUUUUUUUUUCUCUAGCAAAACACACAACAUGGCCCCCUGGCUAGGCUGCCGAGAGCGGUGCCCCACUUCCUGUCUUGAGUGACGUACUUCCUGUACGACGAUUCUCCCUGCGUGUAGCUGGUGAAACACGUUGUUGGCUCAGGACGGACUCCGGCAGCUUCGGGCACCUGCAGGUUCUAUUGUUCUUUAUAAGAGACACCAUGAUGACUGAAACAAAUGAAUUCCUGAACUCCCCACCAAAGAAAACUGUUCGGUUUGGUGGAAAAGUUACUGAAGUCCUAUUAAAGUAUUCCCAGGGCAACACAGGUGAUUUUGAGCUUCUAAAGCACCAGCUGUCCGAUCCGGAGAUAAAGGACGGGCAGAUUAUAAACUGGCUGAGGGAAUUACGGAUUUCAGUAAAUUACCUGACAAUUGAUUUUGAACAGCUAGUCAGCAUUGUGCUGAAACUCCCAUGGCUAAACAGAAGCAAAGAAGUUGUGGAAGAAUAUUUGGCCUUUUUGGGUAACCUUGUGUCAGCACAGACAGUCUACUUACGGCCUUGUUUGAACAUGAUUGUAACCCACUUUGUACCAGCACGUGUGACUAUAAGUGAUGGUGAUGUGCAUAUUUCUGAUUCUGAGGAUGAAGAUGAAGAUCUUGUCUCAACAUUUAACACUUGCCACAGGACUUUGCAGAUGAUAGCACAAUACGUUCCUUCAGCUCCACGUUUCCUAAUACCAAUUCUUGUGGAAAAAUUCCCCUAUAUAAAAAAAUCGCCAAGAGUCAUGCAAUGUUAUGUACAUAACCUUUUACGGGUCACCGUAUACUUCCCUAUGAUCAGGCUGGAAAUUUUGGAACUCAUAAUUGAAAAAUUGCUUAAACUUGAUGUGAGUGCACCUCGCCAAGAUAUAGAAGAUGCAGAAGAAAAUGCAUGGACUGCUUGUAAGGAGUUAAAUGCUGCAGAGGAAGCACUAUUUAACAUGGAUGAAGAUGAAGACCCACAACAGAAGAGUGCAAAUACUGUCAGUGAAACAAUGGCCCACCCUGCUGCUGAACGCCUGGACAUAUGUCUGUCUGUGGUCUUCUCUUACAUCAAAGACAUUUGUUUCCAAAACGGAAUCUUUGAUCUUAUUAAAACAAAGGAUUUAUACAAGGAUCUUCUUGCUGUGUUUGACAAGCUGAUUCUGCCAACCCAUGCUUCCUGUCAUGUGCAAUAUGUCCUUUUUUACAUCUGCAGCUUCAAACUGGGACUUGCUGAAGCAUUUUUGGAACAUCUUUGGAAGAAACUGCAAAAUCCCAACAAUCCUCAAGUUAUCAGACAGACAGCUGCAUGUUAUAUUGGGAGUUUUCUGGCUCGAGCCAAGUUUACUCCUGUGGUGACAGUAAAAGCUUGCCUUGAUCUUCUUGUAAACUGGCUCCAUGCCUACAUAGAUAAUCAGGAUGCCGGGAGCAGAGCUUUUUGUGAUAUUACCUUCCAUGGGCCCUUCUACGCUGCUUGCCAGGGCUUCUAUACCCUGAUUUUCCGUCAUAAGCAGCUCUUAGAUGGCAACUUGCGCAAAGGGCUGUCCUACUUGCAAGGUCUGAAUUUUGAACGAAUCGUGAUGUGUCAACUGAAUCCUCUGAAGAUUUGCCUGCCUUCGGUAGUUAAUUUCUUUGCUGCAAUCACCCGGAAAUACCAGUUGGUGUUUUGUUACACCAUCAUUGAACGCAACAACCGACAGAUGAUCCCCAUCAUCAGAUCAAGCAUUGGAGGUGACUCUGCUCAGACAUGCUCUAACCCACUAGACAGCUUCUUUCCUUUUGAUCCUUGUGUUUUGAAAAGGUGCAAGAUACUCAUAGAUCCAGUUUAUCAGCCUUGGGAAGAGGCUAAUGCUGAGGAGUUAAAAGGACCCCAAAAGCCUGUUAAGCCUGGUGCCACCCCAGAUGAUGAUGAUGAUUUCCUCAAGGGAGACACACCUCAGAAUGACAGCUUGGUUGGGAUGACACCAGGUUCCUUCGACCCUUAUAUCAAGAGCCCAACAAGUAGUGUGGGUUCACCACCUUACAAGUUCCUACAGCGGCCGUUCUGACCUCCUCAGGCACUUGAAUUCAGAAGCUCUCUCCUCAAGAAGAUGCCUCUUAAGGCGCGACUUGUGAUGUCACAGGUGUCACAAGCUGUGCGGGAGCCAGGAAGGCUGCGCAGAGGUUAUGUAUGGACAGCCGUUGUUGGAAGUCCCUUUCUGUUCUUUAGAUCAAUAGUGUCCUGUUGAUCUGUGAUACUACUGAUGGUUUAACUGCAAAGUGUAUCAGUGGCGAUCAUAAUCAUAUCAAAUCUAACCCAUCUGAUAAUUGCCAGUCACCCAGAGGGUAUUGUCAGAUUGAGAAAUCAUCUUAUUUUCUCUAAUAUACUAGUGUGUGUGUUCUGAUGUUCUUACACACAGUUCAACAGUGCAAUAAUGUGUAUAAAAAAAAGUCGUUGUUGGGGAUAUAUGAGUUAAUAGAGGGGGAGGGUGGGGUGGAGGGGGUCCUCUGUUCAGGAUCCCAAUCGCUUGGCUUAUAGUGGAAAGCAGAUUCAAAGGGCGCCUCUCACUUUGAGGUCCAGUCCUGCAGAUCACCUACUAAUGUUAAUAAGCACUGUGAAAUGAACUACAGGGAACGUACUGGCACGUACUGCUAGUUUUCUCCACAGAUCAAUUCCAAUACCCUGGGGGUCCUAGCAGGGGGGCACCUUGCAAUCAGCUCAUUAACAAGGGAAUUUUUUAAAGAGGAGAUCCCCUUUAAUUACAUAAAGUAAAGGGAGUUAUGUUGUAAAGGUUUUCUACUCUUUUGGGACUCCCCUUUAUAACCAAAGAAGCACCUUGUGUCAUGGCUAGGUUUUUUAGUUUAAGAUUUAUACAGUCAUGGCCGUAAAUGUUGGCACCCCUGAAAUUUUUCAAGAAAAUGAAGUAUUUCUCACAGAAAACGAUUGCAGUAACACAUGUUUUGCUAUACACAUGUUUAUUCCCUUUGUGUGUAUUGGAACUAAACCAAAAAAGGAGGAGAAAAAGCAGAUUGGACAUAAUGUCACAAUGAUAAAAUUAUUGGCACCCUUAACUUAUUAUUUGGUUGCACACUCUUUGGAAAAUAUAUCUGAAAUCAGCCGCUUCCUGUAACCAUCAAUAAGCUUCUUACACCUCUCAGCCGGAAUGUUGGACCACUCUUCCUUUGCAAACUGCUCCAUGUCUCUUAUUGAAAGGCGCCUUUUCCCAACAGCAAUUUUAAAAUCUCUCCACAUGUGUUCAGUGGGAUUUAGAUCUGGACUCAUUGCUGGCCACUUCAGAACUCUCCAGCGCUUUGUUGCCAUCCAUUUCUGGGUGCUUUUUGACAUAUGUUUGGGGUCAUUGUCCUGCUGGAAGACCCAAGAUCUUGGACGGUGGGCUGUACAGUGCGACCCAAAAUCUGUUGGUAAUCCUCAGAUUUCAUGAUGGCUUGCACACAUUCAAGGCACCCAGUGCCAGAGGCAGCAAAACAACCCCAAAACAUCAUUGAACCUCCACCGUAUUUCACUGUAGGUACUGUGUUCUUUUCUUUGUAGGCCUCAUUCCAUUUUUGGAAAACAGGAGAAUGAUGUGCUUUACCAAAAAGCUCUAUCUUGGUCUCCUCUGUCCACAAAUGUUUUCCCAGAAGGAUUUUGGCUUACUCAAGUUCAUCUUGGCAAAAUGUAGUCUUGCUUUUUUUAUGUCUGUGUCAGCAGUGGGGUCCUCAUUGGUCUCCUGCCAUAGCAUUUAAUUUAAUUUAAAUGUCGACGGAUAGUUCACGCUGACACUGAUGCUCCCUGAGCCUGCAGGACAGCUUGAAUAUCUUUGGAACUUGUUUGGGGCUGCUUAUCCACCAUCCGGACUAUCCUGCAUUUACACCUUUCAUCAAUUUUUCUCUUCUGUCCACAUCCAGGGAGAUUAGCUACAGUGCCAUGGGUUGCAAACUUCUUGAUAAUGUUGCGCACUGUGGACAAAACACACCAAAAAGAGAAAAUUAUGCACAGGACUGUAACAUUAACGUUAAAAUAUAAAUUGUAUUGAAUCAUAUAUAAAAACAUGAUAAAAUAUAUAGCAAAACAUAGACAAUACAAAAAAGAAAAGACAAAGGCACCAGGAUACAGCGGAAAGAUGGGUAUAAGGACUGGCAAAGUGACUAUGCAUGUAAUAACAGAGGUGGCCAAUGUGAGCUAGGGGGUACAUGUCAGAGGGAUCAAGCAAAGGCUUGAGCCUAAAAUCAACAGUUAAAGCUAACAAGGCUGCCAAAGAAAAAGAAUGUGAAAAGUAACUAAACAACAAAACAGACAAGGGUGCCAGACCAUACCCACCAGACCCCAACGAUCGUUUCGCUUCUAAAGUGCUUCCUCAUGGGGCAUCUGAUUUAUCAUGUUUUUAUAUAUGAUUGAAUAAAAUGUAUAUUUUAACGUUAAUGUUACAGUCCUGUGCAUAAUUUUCUCUUUUUGGUGUGUUUAGUUUUCAAUGCACAGUUGCUUACCUAGUAGUAAGGUUUCUUUUUUGGUGUCUAUUAUGCACUGUGGAUAAAGGUAAAUCUAGAUCUCUGGAGAUGGACUUGUUACCUUGAGAUUGUUGAUAUUUUUCUACAAUUUUGGUUCUCAAGUCCUCAGACGGUUCUCUUCCCUUUCUGUUGUCCAUGCUUAGACUAAGUGAACUCUCCUUUUUAUCUGCUUUCUGGUGUGAUUUUUUUUUCUUUUAUUAUAUUGCCCACACCUAUUACUUGCCCCAGGUGAGUUUAAAGGAGCAUCACAUGCUAGAAACAAUCUUAUUUUUCCACAAUUUUGGAAGGGUGCCAAUCGUUUUGUCCAGCCCAUUUUUGGAGUUUGGUGUGACAUUAUGUCCAGUAUGCUUUUUUCCCCUCCCAAUACACACAAAGGAUUCCAUGUGUAUAGCAAAACAUGGUUUACUGCAAUCCUUUCCUGUGAGAAAUACUGAAUUUUCUUGAAAAAUUUUAGGGGUGCCAACAUUUACGGCCAUGACUGUAACUAUGCAUGUACUAUGAAGAAUAAUAUACUGUCAUGUAUUGCCAGAAUAUUCUGGCGAAAUCCUGGCUGUAUGACCAUCAUUAAGCAUAGAUAUGUCUGCCACUGUCAGUUGCACAGUUGGUAUACACUAAUUAUUAGCAAUAGAAGGAAGGCUAGGGCAACACAUUAUUGACUUUGCACACAACACAGGUCAUGCCCCCAAAGAUAUCCUGCUGCAUUGCAGUAAAUAAAAGUGAAUAGGGUCACAUUACAUCACACAAGUUGCCAGAGAUAUAUCAAGGAUCAUUUUAUGUUUCAUCAGUUGUGAUACAGGCAUUCCACACUGUGAUCUGGCCUCAUGAUCUGUGUUGUUGCCAAAGUUGCUGUGUAUCUCUAGCCUAAAAACAUGUAUAACUAUAAUUUAAUUGAAGAAAAUUUGUCAGGCUAAGCAUAUGUCAUCCAUGAUCUUGUGGUCAUCACUGCAUGUCGCAACCAGGAGGCUCUGCCAUCUGCACAUGAAUUAGUGUCAUACUGGUCGACCUGUUUUUCAUUGGGUAACAUUUAUUAAUUCCAUUUCAUUCAUGUUCUUGAAUUUAAAUGUGGUAUUUGUAGCAAGCUUUAUUGAAAUGAAUUUUUUCAUAAUGUGUCGGUAAAAGUGGAUAUUUAUAAAUUCCCAUCAGUCCUGUUCUGAAUAAGCAAUGCUUUUAUCCAUGUCUGUAGUGAGUAGACCUGGGUCUAGUGCAAUGCCGGUCAUGCCGGGAGUUGUAAUUUUGCAACAUCUGGGGGUCCACAGUUUGGAGACCACCGGCUACUGGUUUUACAAUUUUCUUAGUGUGGUGUUGUUGUCUCACUUAGAUGUCUGAUAUCCUGAUGUUUCUAUUCUUUUGAAAAACAACAUUUGUGUUAAUUGCAGUGUGUAUGUGGAUGGUUUUAUUUGAAUAGGCAUGGUCCUUUUCAAAAACUUUUUAUAUAAUGUAGAUCAGUGUUUCCCAACCAGGGUGCCUCCUGGGACUUGUAGUUUGGCCACAGCUGGAAGCACCCUGGUUGGGAAACAAUGAUGUAGAUAAUAUAUGUAUGAAUAUAGGGAUUUGGUGUACUCUAUCUACCCUUUUGUCCGAGAAUUGUCCUCAAUGAACAGAGCCCUGCUUGUCCACCCUCACUUCCUGUAUUUUGUCUCAGCCAAGACACACAGGCAAUAGCUGCAGGGACAAGACAGCAUUUUUCAACCAAUGUAUAUUACAAAUAAACAUAUAAUGUUAUCAUCUACAUACAUUUUUUUUUUUUUAUACAAAUGACAGGUACACUUGAAAGACCUUUUGUUUGUAAUAAUUUGCACACAAGCACUAAUAAAUGUUCCUGAAAUGCUUUAUAUUAUUAUUAUAAAUUUAUUUCUGUUGAAUGUGGCCAUUAAAAUUUGUUUUUAA